AUGGAGGGACCAAAUUCAGCAACAGUGCUUACGACUGAUAUGCAAAUAAACUCUGUGUGGGUCAUGGUAUCUACUGCAUUCAUCUUCUUUAUGGAAGCAGGAUUCUUCUUGCUAGAAGGAGGAUCAUUGAGAAAGAAAAACAUCGGUCAUGUCUUAUUGAAGAAUAUAAUGUCUGCGUCAGUCGCAAUGCUGAUGUGGUGGUUUACAGGAUAUGGAUUUGCUUUUGGUCCAGUGUCUAAUCAUUUUAUUGCAGGAGAUGGACGCUUUUUCGCAUCUUCAAGAUUUGAAGACUUUGAAAUAGAUCACUAUCUUGGAUUUAUCUUCUAGUAUGCAUUUUGUACUACCACUACUUCCAUUGUUUCAGGUUCACUCUCUGAGAGAACAACUGUACCAGUUUUUCUAGGAUAUUGUGCUUUUAUGGCUGGAUUGGUAUAUCCAGUAGUGGUAGCGUGGGUUUGGGGGCCAGGUGGUUGGCUUUUAGAGAGAGGUUAUCACGAUCUAGCUGGUACUGGCUGCAUUCAUUUAACAGGUGGAGUCGGUGGCAUGAUAGGAGCCAUAAUUGUAGGUCCAAGAUUUUUGAAUUCAAAAGAUAAGAAGAUGGUGAACUUAGAUGAGCUUUUAAAAGAAAAGGAAUAUCAAGACGUUUUAAAUACUAUCGAGAGUGCUGAGGAUAGAGCAAUAUUCCAGAAAUGGUUCCUUAGUCAACUAGAUGAAGAAAUCAAGCCUCACAACUAAGCAUUUAUAGCACUUGGAACAAUUAUUCUCUGGGUUGCUUGGCUAUUCUUUAAUGGAGGUAGUACCUAUUCAUUAUAAACUACUAGAUAAAACUCGCCAACAAAAGUAAUUAUGAAUACUAUGCUCUCUGGUGCUGUAGCUGGUUUAUUCACUGUUAUCUUCAAGCCUUACAUCAUGAAAACAAGAAGCUCAACUUCUAAGUAUGAUAUUGGUAACCUUUGCAACGGAGUCUUAGUAGGUUGCGUCUCAGUUACUGGAGCUUGUGAUAGAUGUGAAAAUUGGGCUGCAGUUAUUAUAGGUGUUUUCGCUGCCUUAUUUUACAUCGCUGGAUGUGCUUUCAUUUAAAAACUUGGAAUUGAUGAUCCAAUUGAGGCUUGCUGUGUUCAUGGAUUUGGAGGUUUCUGGGGAUUAAUUGCUGUUGGUUUCUUUGAUAAUACUAAAGGAGUCAUUUACUAAAGAGAAGGAAGAGGUUAUUUCUUUGGCAUGCAGAUAGCUGGAUUGUUCGCUAUUAUUGGUUGGACAAUAGCAAUGACUAUAAUUUACUUUGGGAUUAUGAAGCUUUUGAAAAUUGAUAGAGUCAGCAAAUCUCAUGAACUAAUGGGAUUCGAUAUUGCUGAGAUGGGUGUAUUGAACAAACACAUCCUUUAAAAGAUGAAGAAUUAAGUCAUGGCUAAUGAGCGCAAAAUAAGAAAUAAUCAUGAGAAAAUGCCAACGAUGACAGAUCUCUUGGCUAAAGAUGAAGCGCUUGCAUUAAGAGAAGAAGAAGCUGACUAAUAUGAAAAUUUCAAUGAGAAAAGAGAAGGAGAUAGACCAUUAGGUAAACAUUCUCCUUCUAAGUAGACUGUAUGA